AUGUACGAGGAAGAACCGGGCGAGCUGCUGUUGAAUUCGGUGAACCAGGAAAGAAAACUAUGCGGCAUCUUGGCCAAAUUGCCGUCUUCUCGAAAUGUGCUGACUAAACAGUACCUGAUAGGCAAAGGUCGCGAAGACAUAAGCUGGAGAGACGCUGUUCAAUUGGACUGGGUGUCAGUUGAAGACGGUUCACAUAUAUUGACAGUAGGCAUCGGCCCGUUGAUCUGCAUUUUCAGCCCAGUCGCCGAAGAUACAGCUCAGCACAACAUCGCAGUCAUGAAGGAAAGGGACCAGACGAACAUGAAACGUCGCAAGCUCGUCCGCAAGUCAUCCACCAUUUCGCAGAUGCCGCUAAAGAAGCUGAUCAGAUGGAUAUGCCUCCGAACAGUGCAGUUGGAGUCAGCUGACGGACUGCCGCCGUUGCCACGGACGUUGAGCUGGGUCAGACAUGGCAUAAUGGUCGUAUGCAUUGAUUCGGAGAUGCGCGUCUACAGUCAAUGGGACCUCACUGGCUCGAAGGAGGACAUCAGUGACUCGUCGGCGCGCAAGCCAGCAAUCUUGAACUCUGCUUCUCGCACCACCGCUUCUGCUGAGGGGGAAGAUGAAAAGUCGACCUCUGGUGCCUUGUCUCAGAAUGUGAAGGACAUGCGUCGCAUUACGUCUGUACCCAUCCUACACGUUAGUCCGUCGGUGUCUGCACUCGACCUACUGAGGAAGGGGUUCAAAGAUGCUGGCGGCAACGCACCUGGCGUCAAGAAAAAGAAGCCGUCAUCGACGUCUGCUGCCAAGAAGCUCGACCUGAAGGAAAUGUUUGGCAAGGAGAUGGCCGAACAGUUCGGCGAUUCAGUGCUCAACCUGAUUACCAACCAGGGGCUGUUCGAGGCGACCCGGUCGGCGCUGCCAUUGCUGCCUCAGUACCAUCCGCGGCUGCUGAUCGAGUUGUUGAAAGCGGGCAAAUCUCGCCGCGCCAAGGCCAUACUCAUACAUCUGCUGAAUUCCAUACGACCGUACAGCGCCGCCUCGCGAGCCGUCGGCCGACGACGCAGCUCUAGCGCAGCGUACACGGCUUUACCUGUGGACAUUAGCGCGCUCUCCGAAGAAGCGGAAACCGAGUACGUGGACAUUGAUGCGAUUUCGCCAUUGCCUUUGUACGUUUUAUUCUCAGCGGAUGUCGACCCGGCCCUGUCCAUGAGCAGGUCGUACAACGAGUCGUCCAAGGACACGCCUGAUUCUGGUUCUGAGGAUCUACUGAAUCGGCUAAAUGACAACAGCACGGCCGUUAAGUAUCGAGACUCUCCCGAUGGACUGAUUUUGAAACUCGACCUCGAGAACAACUCAAAACCCAAAGUUUCCACCGAUGGCUUCACAUCGUCACACGCGCGUCUUCUCUCUUCCAUCCUGACUCACGUGCAUUUGCCAGCCUUCAACCGUCCUUCCGCGGUUCAGUCGGUCGGUCCCGAUAGUCGGGGAUACGCAGCGGACUCUACAACAGAAUCUGUGGACGAUUGUGGUUUGAAGUUUCUGAUGGCCUUACGACUAUACGAAUAUCUGCUUCGGUGUCUUCCGGCAAACCAGCGAAUGUCUCUGAAGUCGAAAGGUCUGUGA